CUUCAUUUGAUCUCUUUAAAGCAAUCUGUUUGCUGGCUGAAUACAUUUCUGAAUAGCCUGCUUCAAUCCGAGACACAGCCCUUGAACGGACCAGCAAUUUUCCACCAACCGCACGCCCAAAAUGUCGUCCGACCCAAAGUACGAUGAUCUCCACAAGCAGUUAUUCGAGGAGGGCUUGAAGAUGCGCCGCAGUGUUGUGGGAGACGAAUAUGUCGACCGCGCUUUGGCCAACGGUUCGACGGAGUUCUCUCGGGCAGGACAAGAGAUUGUAACUGAAUGGUGCUGGGGAUAUGCAUGGACAAGACCAGGUCUUACCAAACAACAGCGUAGUCUUCUGAAUAUUGGCAUGCUGAUGGCCCUGAACCGCGCUCCUGAACUCGCCGUGCAUAUUCGAGGGGCGAGAAAUAACGGUCUAUCCGAGCUUGAGAUACGGGAAGCUAUCAUUCACGCGACCACAUAUUGCGGCGUGCCAGCUGGUGUAGAUGCCAUGAAGACUGCAGAGAAGGUUCUCAACGACAUGGCGGAGAAGGGCGAAGCGCAGCGAGAACUGGCCAACAAGAGCGAGAGGGCAUAA